UUCUCUAUUUAAGUUAGCAGUCCGCCAUAGAGAAAGAAAACCGUUAGCAUCCGCCAUUACAGAUUCCCUUCUUUCCAGCGACGACUUUUGGUUUGAAUAACGCAAACGUUCUUGUUCCACUUUUGUAGAAUAUAAAGCAUUUGUUAUUUAAUUAGUUAGUAUAUCUCUCUAUAGGUGUUAACAGAGUUUUGUUAGCAGUCAGUCGGUUGAUGGGUGUGGUUUGUCUCUUGCGUAAAAACCCAAAACGUUAUAAUAACCAUAGUCAUUUGCAUUUGCCGGAAUCUUCAACAUUAUGAAAACCUUUUUAAAAUUGUUUGUGAUUUUUCUGGUAAUGUGCGAGAAUUAUUCAGAUGCAGUGGAGAUUUGGAGAUCCGGGUCCAGUUAUAGCUCAAAUUGAGGAAAAGGAGAUCUCAUAUACCAGUGAUAAAGGAUUCAUUGACAGACUGCAGCUGGAUCAAACUGGAUCUCUGGUCAUCAAGAACAUGAAAACAAAUCAUUCUGGAAUUUAUAAACUAGAGAUCAAUACCAACAAAGAGACCUUAUAUGAGACAUACAGAGUUACUGUGUAUGAACCAGGUCUUUCUUCAGCUGCUGUAGCAGGGAUCAUCUGUGCUUGCUUGAUUCUGGUGCUAGCUGCCACCGCUGCUGGUGUUUUUUUUAUUUACGCACGAAAUCUGAAGUAGACAAACAAAAUUCGAAAAUCUCGGAACGACAAGAUGAAACAUUGGCGAUCUCUGAAAAACUAAAGGAAAUGUCUGAGAUCUCCACAAAACUAGCGGAAGAUUGUGAAAAAGAAUUGCCUGAUGUAUUAGAACACCAUCAAACGUCGAGGAUCUCUGAAAAACUAAAGGAAAUGUUGAAGGACUCUAAACGACUAAAGGAACUGUCAAAACACUGUGAAAAAGAAUUGUGCAAGAUCUCUGACAGACUAAAGGAAAUGUCUUCGAAAAAGAAAGGACAGAACUCUGAACAAGAAACACCUUUGGUUGAUGCCAUGAUCAAUGAAGACCAAGAAACGGGUGAUGAAGGUGAAAAAAAAGGGCCAGUUAUUAUGAAGACACUGUUAUAAGUCUAGUGAAUAAAAAGAAAGACUCAGCUGGAAAAGGAAUGAAUGAAGAAGCACAUGUUUUAAGUGACUGAGCAGCAGACAGCUAAGCCACGGGGAGUCUGAUGACUUAAAAAAAAAAAUUGUGAAAACUGUUGCUAAAGCAUCAACAUUACUCAAAAUUAAUUCGCUACAUAUACAUAAUCUUAUCCUUUACUUUAUUUAAAGUGAAAGUAAAAUAAAUAUGCUUGCAUGUGUUACUUUUUGUUUGCUUGCCGUUAAUUACAUAACAUAAGUGGCUUUGGAAUAUAAGUAGCAGAACUUUUCAGAUGAUAAAAUUAAUAGUGAAGGUGAAAUAUUGUUGAAUUAACUAACAUGAUUCAUAUUCUUUUGGUUUCUGUAAACAAUAUUCUUAACAAUUACAAAUAAAAAAAAUAAAAACA